AUGGACGAUAUAUACCUUGUUGAUGAUCAUAUCACACCGCUUCAGGUAGUCGAGUUUACCAUAUGCGCGAACAUUUCACGCCACGGCGAGACGGUUGACAUUCCAAUGGAUACGCAUGACGAGUCGGGCGAAGAAGACAACCAAGGCUUGGUGAAGGAGCAGAAGCUCUCGCGGUGGUUCGGCCUGCUUUUGGUUCCGGCCUUGGGGCCUAUGCCAAUACUCUGUCGAAGGAGCCAGCGCCAAAGAAAAUCCUCCCCGCACACUAACACCAAGACCAAAAACCAGAACUGCCAACAAUACAACAAACCACCGCCUGUACCAAUAAACGCCCUAACCCAAUCCCGCAUCAACAAAGUCCUCCAAACCGCAAUAAUCGAAAUCCUCAUAAUCAUCUGGUCGACUCACUGGUCCACACCCAUAUCCUCCAUAACCACGACGAUCGCCCCAUUCGUCUCGCACUGGGAAAGGCAAAGCAAAGUGAGCCUGCUGGCAGUGGAAAUACACUCGCGGGACACAUACGCAGCAAUUGAUAUUAACAACCAUAGACACAGUUUCAAGACCGCCCACAAACAGAAUUUCGUCUUCCCGGUUAUGUGCGGAAGGUGGCGCGGAGGAGUCUUAGGUGGGGAUUUUAUUGAGCUCCAGCUGGGGAUGUGA